CCGGUAGAUUCGGCUCUCGAAUCCUCCACUACACAGCCCAAACAUAGUUGAUGGGCUGCACUGCAUUUCAAAGGCGGUUCGGGCUUUACUGGGGGGGGGGGGGGGGGCUUGGUUUCCUCACUGUUCCCACAAAGUCCUCCACAGACUGUCGCAUCCCCUUGAUCCCGCGUUCUAUUAGCAGCAGAUCAUCGUCAUCGGUGUCGAAUCACAACCCAAAUCGGCCUCUUCCCUUUCCCUUUCAGCAACAGCUAGCUGCAAGCACAGCUGUGUCACCACCCAUUUCUUCUUUCUUUGCGACUGCACAUGCUCCCGUGUACAAACCCUAACAGAACGUGCGUUUCCUGCUUCUCUCCCCGGGCCUCGAUACGCUUCAUUUGUCAUCUACCAGCUUUCAUCACGUCGCUCAGACUUGGUUGAAGGCUUUUCUGUAUCCUAAAAGAUGGAUUUCUUGUUCAAAUCACACUGCGAUCUGCCGACUCGAGCCUGCUAGGAAAUCAAAUCAAAUUUGGCGCUCAACAAAACUGUUACCGGCAAGAAUCUCUUUUGAAUUUCUAGUCGCUCUGAAACCAUAUACUACUCUUGAAGGCUCUUGUGGUCUCCAACGUAUAUACCGUCAUCUAGCUGUGAUUGACUGGCUUGGAAGGGACCUAGUCUGGUCUCGGAUUCCAAGGGAACGUACUGUGUUCGUGGUGGACACAUCAUACCUGUUCUCCUUGUUUACUUUGUUCUUGAGUCUUUUUCUGGAUCAUCUCAGCACACCUUCUUUCACCGAGAAACUUGGACCGUUUUCUCGUAAAUGAUAUCGUCACCGUGACAUUGGCCUGCGUUGAACUCCUUUGUUAAAUUUCAGAGCCUUUGACUGAACUCGGGUCCCAGGCAGCUUCGAAAAUCGGCAAUACUUCUCAAAUCCUCCGCCAUUUGGUACCUCGUCGGCCCGUUAAAUCCAGAUUGACCCCUUACCUACAGAUGAUGCACCCGCAGGAAACACCAGCAGCCUUACUCAUUCGGGAUCUCCAGGGCUGUGUUCCGAUCUCCAGGGUCAUAAGGGAAGGCGACGAUGUGGUUCUACUAACUCCCGUAGUGGCUCCCCCCGUUCCACUGACACAUGCUGCAGACGGCAGCAACACCAAAGAUCCCUUCGAGGAUUUUGGGCGAGCUCUGCUUGAACAUUCACCGCGGCCAAAAGUUCACCAUGUGCCAUACACGAGCCGAAGUGGAAUCAGCGAAACCCACCUCGACAUCAUAAAAAACAAUGAUGCCAAAUUGGUCAUUUUUGUCAUUUCUGGACUGCCACUGCCAGGACAGGCAUCACAAGUCAAAAUGGCCGAAUACCUUCAGAGCGGUGCUGGCGAUCGGCCGCUCAUUAUUGUGGCAUGCUUCAACAUGCGCGAGCUGGAUGGACUUGGGACUAGUUUCCCUACAGUUGUACAGACAAGUGGGUAUUCGCCCAGUGCUUUGCACCAUGUGACGACUCUCCUCUUCAAGGGCGAGUAUAACAUCAGUUCGGCCAGGAUGCAAAAUUUAGUUCUUGCGCCAAAGACGUGGGAGGUCGCUGUCACAAACAAUCUACUCGAUCUACAACCACACGAAGAAGCAAUACAUGACCUUUGGCGUCAGACUUGGGGUAGAGACAUGUCACUUUCACGCUACGAGCUACAAUCUCUACUGAUUCGAGAUGGCUAUGCAAAACACUACACCGUUAGUGAACCAGAAACAGGUGUCCUUGUCGGCUUUUGUGCGACUUAUACAACAUAUGCCAACCAAGGGGGAGAGCGGCUUGUAGGGUCUCUGGCUAUGAUCAUUGUCAAGCCUGAACAUCGAGGUCGGGGAAUUGGACGGAGUCUUCACGAUAUCGCCAUCGAGCAGCUUUCCCGAACUAGAGGAGUCUUUCGGCUUCAGCUCGGCAGCACUUUUCCUCGCCUUUUAUACGGACUUCCUGUGGACAGCGCUUCAGAGGGAUGGUUCCGGCGACGUGGUUGGGAUUUCGACCAGAGCUCACCAGGCAAAGGACAAGAAGUCAGUGACUGGCACUUGGACUUCAACAACUACCCGAGCCGGCAAUACCCAUCAGCAUCGGGACUAUUAUUUGGGCCAUGUGAACUCUCCGAGGUUCCUGCCGUCCUCAGUCUGGUAGCUUUGGAAUCUGCUCGCAACAACAAGAUGGGAUGGUAUGACCAGUAUACACAGCUGAAUCAUCCUUUUCUUGUCGGGGAUAUCAUAAAGGGAGUAGUGGGUCACCAAGUUAUUGCCACAGCCAUUACCUACUUGCCCAGGUCCGAGAAUCCAGUCUCUAGUGAUAUCCCAUGGGCUGGUAUGAUUUCAAGCGCGACUGGAGGUGUUACAUGCAUCUGCAUUUCUGUGGUGUCGAGAGAUGAGGCAAUGCUGGGACUCCUAGAUGCAUGUGUCAAGCGAUUAAAAGAACAAGGCAUGCAGGGCAUGCUCUUGGAUGCUGUCAUGGGAGGUGACGAGGGGUUCUACGCCAUGGGUAAGCAUCUUACUUUUGUCAUCGGAGAGGAGCCACAAUGCGAGCACCCUUGGGCUUCCAAAAGCGCCGCAGCUAUCGGGAAGCAUGGCGCUCUGUCCCAGUUGAGCGAUAGCACAUGGCGUUACAUCCAGGUGCGACGUCUUGGUCCUUUGUCUCCCGUUUCCGCCUCAUUGUAACGGCGACUCGCCAUUUAAUUGUGAGCUUUCAUGGUCAGAAAGUCUUUGCAGCUGCGAAGCAUCCUCGCACAUGCUCAUGCCACAUAAAUAUGCACAUACGUAAAUACAAAUCUUUUUCUUGCAGCCAGCGAAUCUACCGGUGCGGAACCAAAUUAUCAUUGUGAUGGCUACCAGGGCUGAUAUAUGAAAUUCCGGAGCUUAUGGGAUGAGACCCAGAAUAUACUGGUAGUUCUCUCGAGCGCGAUGAAAUAAAAACAAAACAACAAGAAGAGCGCAGUCUAAAGGGGCCAUGACGGGUGGCAUUACAAUGUGAUAAGACAUGCCGCCUCGCAGGGCCUUAAACCAUGUUUCACUACAACUCAUGGCGUGAGUAAUCUAAGGAAACAACGUGAUCUUUUUAUUAUUAUUAUUUUACUCUUACAGAAGGGAAUCACGGGCAAAUUACAGCUCCGAGCAGACGCCGUUCCAAGCUCGUGUGUCCCUGCACAAGACCCUACCCUGGAAGGAAUAAUAUCUCCCGGCGGACAAGGAUCUCAUAAGCGCCGAAAUAUGUACGUUUGCGGCACAGUUCAUCGACCGAUAUGGGGCUGUGGGGUUACAAAAGAAUGUUAACACAGGCACCAUUCGUUCGCACCAGCUCAAGUGGUAGCGUAUUGUUCCGAUAUGACUGGAUAUUGUUCCAG